AUGCGCCGCCACCGCGAAGACCCCAUUGCCAAAAAGGCCCUUUUCCGGAAAACUGUCUCCGAAUGCAAAAGAGUCUCCAAGUGUCUCCUUUGCGAGGCCCCUCAGGGCGUGCUGCGCAAAGUCGUGCGGCCAGUGCUGGACCAGUUCAUGAAGCUGCGGCACGUCACGAAGCAGCCGCGCGCUGCUGCUGCUGCUGCUGCUGCUGCAGCCGGCGGCACUGCAGCAGCAGCAGCAGCAGCAGCAGCAGCGCAGCAGGAAGAGGACCUCCACCCGCUGCGCGUGCAGCAGCUGCUGCAGCGGCUGCGGCCCGGAGACUGCGAAGUGCUGGACGUGGUGGCCCCCGCGAAGCUGCUGCUGCAGCAGCUGCCAGUCCCCCCGAACUGUCUCCGUCCUUCUGUCUCCGUCGGAGAACAAGGCUCCAACGAAGACGAUUUGACCUGUCUCCUCGCGGAGAUAGUGGAGAUAAACGGGGCCCUGAGGGGCCUCGCAGCAGCAGGGGGCCCCCCGGGGCAGCUGCUGGGGCUGUGGGAGCUGCUGCAGCUGCAGGUGACUUUGCUGCUGAACUCGGAGGCCCCUGCAGCGCAGCAGCUGGUGGGCCGCAGCAGCAGCAGCAGCAGCAGCAGCAGCAGACCCGCGCGGGGCCUCUGCCAGCGGCUGAAGGGCAAGGAGGGCCGCUUUCGCGGCAAUCUCUCGGGGAAAAGAGUGGACUUUUCGGGGAGAACUGUCAUUUCUCCAGACCCUAAUGCGGAGAUCUUUGAAGUCAUUGUCCCCAAGUGGAUGGCCAAGAGACUCUCCUUUCCGGAGACAGUUUGUCCCCUUUCUGCAGCAGCGCUUCGCGCUGCAGUGCUGCGCGGCUGCGACUCCUGGCCCGGCGCGCUGUACGUACACAAGCGCGACGGCAGCAAGUGCAGUCUCCGUUUCGCCAACAGGAGACACUUGGCGUCGCACUUGGAGACAGGAGACACUGUCGAGAGACACUUGAGAGACGGAGACAUUAUUCUUUUCAACAGACAACCAUCUCUCCACCGACUCAGCCUCAUGGCCUUCAAAGCCAGAGUCAUGGAGGGGAGAACUCUGAGGUUUAAUGAGAGUUGUUGUUCUCCUUUUAACGCGGAUUUCGACGGAGACGAAAUGAAUCUCCAUCUUCCGCAAACUCAUGAAGCAAGAGCCGAGGCCUUGUGUCUCCUCGGAGUUGUCUCCAACUUGCAGACUCCGAAGAACGGAGACCCUCUGGUGGCGGCCACUCAGGACUUUCUGUCUUGUUGGUAUUUGAUAACUCACAAAGAUUCUUUUUUUUCCAGAAAAGCUUUUUCCCAACUCUGUGCUGCAUGCACCGAUGCUGCUGCUGCAGUGCAGCUGCCGCCGCCCGCGCUGCUGCUGCCGCAGGAGCUCUGGACUGGGAAGCAGCUGCUGGCGGUGCUGCUGCGGCCCCACAGAGCUGCUGCUGCAGUCCUCAACUUCGAGACUCGAGAAAGGGACUUCGACCCCAACUGUCUCCUUCCAACUGUCCCCUUUUGCAUGUGUCCCAACGACGCCUACGUCGUCGUCCGCCACUCCGAACUCCUCGCCGGUGCCAUCGGAAAAAAAGUCCUCGGAGUCCGCUCCUCCUGCUCCUGCUGCUGCUGCUGCUGCUGCUGCUGCUGCUGCUGCUGCGGGGCUGCGCUGCUGCUGCGGGGACUUCUUGGCGCGGCUUUUGCGUUCUUUGGGGACUUUUGGGGCUUUUGGAACUUCUGGGGGCUCCUUUUGCUGCUCUUUGGAGACCUUUUGCUGCUGCUGCUUUGCUGCUCUUUUGGAGACCUUUUGCUGCUGCUUUGCUGCUCUUCUUGCUGCUCUUCUUGCUGCUCUUUUGGAGACCUUUUGCUGCUGCUUUGCUGCUCUUUUUGCUGCUCUUUUUGCUGCUCUUUUUGGAGUUUUCUGUUUGCGCUUUUGCGGCAUUUGAGGGACUCUUUUUGGCGUUUUUACUUCGCACAACAAAUGUUGUCUCCUCUGUCUCUCUUCUCCUUCCAAACUCUCUUCUUCUGCCUUUCUGUGUCUCCUUUUUGUCUCCUUUUUUGUCUCCUUUUUGUCUCCUUUUUGUCUCCUUUUUGUCUCCUUUUUGUCUCCUUUUUGUCUCUUAUUCCUCUCCGUUUCAAUCCCAUCAAUCUCAUUUGUCUCCAUCUGUCUCCUUACUCUGUCUCUUCUUCUAUUUGUCUCUUUUCUAUUUGUCUCUUCUUCUGUUUGUCUCUUCUUCUAUCUGUCUCUUUUCUGCCUAUUUCUGUUCUAUCUGUCUCUUCUUGUCUCUGUCUCCUCCUGUCUCCUUUUGUCUCCUUUUGUCUCCUUUUAUCUCUUCUGUCUCCUUUUAUCUCUUUUGUCUCCUUUUAUCUCUUUUGUCUCCUUUUAUAUCUUCCAGAACUCCAAACAGAAUUCUUUAACUCCUCAAUAAGAGAGACACUUCUUCCUCUGUCUCUGCUGCAUGCAUCUCUCAAAACCUCUAAAAAGUGUCUCCUUUUACUUCUUUCAGCCCUCCAAACACAAUUCUUUCACCAUCCAAAAGGAGACACUUCCCUGUCUCCUUCUGUCUCCUUUUGUCUCCUUUUGUCUCCUUUUCAAAACUCCAAACAGAAUCUUUUUUACCACUUAAGAAGAGACACUUCCCUCUCUCUUUCUGCUGCGUGCACCUGUCUCCUUUUGUCUAAAAAGUGUCUCCUUUCACCUCUUUCAACCCUUUAA